CGAGGGCAUCCUGGAGCGCGUCCCUCCCUCGCGCCCGGCGCCCAUGUGGGACCAACCGCUGCUCAAGCCCUACUUCGACAACAGCACCAAGGACAGCAUCGUGGGCGCCGUCGGCAGGUCGGCCUUCCUGCACUGCAGAGUCAAGCACUUGGGCGACAGAGCGGUCACAUGGAUCAGGAAGAAAGACGUUCACGUACUGACCGUAGGACUCUUUACGUACACGAAGGACGCGCGCUUCACCGCCCUUCACUCCGAGAGUUCCGACGACUGGACCCUGCGCAUCGACUCGGCGCAGAUCUCGGACUCCGGCACCUACGAGUGCCAGGUGUCGACUGAGCCCAAGAUAUCGAGGGCCUUUCGACUGCAAGUGGUUGAGUCCGAGGCGCACAUCGCGGGGCCUCGCGAGCUCCACAUGGUCUCCGGCAGCAACAUCAACCUGACAUGCUCGGUUACCGGGAGUCCUGAGCCUCCCCAGUACAUCUACUGGUAUCAGGGUACCAAGCUCAUCAACUACAGCUCCCGCGGCGGCAUCAGCGUGGUGACAGACAAGCACUCGCGCACUUCCAAGCUGGUGGUGACCCGCGCCACGACAGCCGACUCCGGAAACUACACUUGCGCUCCUGCUAACGCCGAGCCGGCCUCCAUUAGCGUCUACAUCAUUAAUGGCGAGUAUCCCGAAGCCAUGCAGGGCGGGGAGAGCACCAGCGUCUACUGCCAGUCCUUUGCGUCGCUCCUGCUCCUGGGGUACACCGUCCUCAGGCUACCGGUGCUCAUCGAGAGAUAGUCGCUGAGCGGACGACCACCGGCCUCAUAUGUUUUCGCAAACGCAUGAUCUACCUGCUUUUAUCAUUUACAUAUAUUUUAUAGUCUGUAUAUAGGAGGGGGAGGAGGAAAGAGUUGAAGAGGGUCGAUUACCCUUCGGUCUGCCCUGUUAAUGGGAACAUUUGUGGCGAAGCAGCAGCAGAGGGAUUCUGAGACGAAAUGCUAACCUCUCUUGCAGUCGCUGUGUACAUAUAAUGAAGUGAGUCCAAGCUGUCGUUUUAAAGCGCGGUAUAAAUAAAUACACACAUACAUACAUACAUACGUAUGUAUAUGUGCACACCCACACACACAGACACACACACACAUACAGACAUAC